AUGGGUUAUUUCAAUUGCAUUGCUUUAGCAUUCUUGAUGGCUUUGUCGUUGCCAAGCAUUAACGUUGGCCAAGCUGCUCGUCACCUUCAGCAGCUGCCUCCAAUGCCAACUUUGCCUACAGCAACACUCCCACCAUUUCCAUUUAUCCUUAAUACCCCACAGCCAACCAUACCAACAAUGCCAAGGCCUCGGGCGCUUCCACCACUUCCUACCAUGCCUGCUUUGCCCUCAUUGCCAAGUGUACCAAGGGCCACACUGCCACCUCUGCCAAGCAUGCCCUCAAUCCCAACUGCUAUUCCCUCUAUUCCUUUCCACUCUCCACCACCUUCUCCUUCUCCUUCUACUCCUUGA